AUAAUAUUCAUGUAGCAUAUUUGAAGAAAGAUUGAAUCUGUUAUAUCAUCAUUCCAAUUAAUGGCGAAAACAUGAGCUAUUCCUCAAACUAUUUGCGCUUAUUAUCUUUCACCAAGCAGCUUUCCUCUUACGUUAGCAAAGGCCUGCAUGAUCAAGCUCUUUCUCUCUUUCGCCAUAUCCAAGCUUCACUUGCUCUCACGCUCGAUCCCUUUGUUUUUCCUCUGGUCCUCAAAUCUUGCGGCGCCAUUGGCCGCCCUCAGCUUUGCACCGCCAUCCACAGCCAUGUCACAAAAUCGUCUCUGCUGAACAACACGUUUGUCUCGUGCGCUCUUGUUGACGCGUACGGUAAAUGCGUGUCGAUUUAUUGGGCGCGCCAAUUGUUCGACGAAAUUCCUCUGAGAAAUGUUGUUGUGUGGAACGUCAUGAUAUCACUCUAUGCACAUAAUGGUUAUGUUAUGGACGCUUUGAAAUUGUUUCAAGUUAUGGAUGUUGCGCCUGAUGAGGCCACAUUUAAUUCUAUAAUAGCGGGAUUGGCUAAACUGGAAGAGGGGUCGUUUAAGGCUAUUGUGUUUUAUAGAAAAAUGCAAGAGUGGGGUUUGAAGCGGAGUCUAAUUACUCUUCUUGCUUUAUUACCUGCUUGUUUGGGUGUUGCCACUUUGAGUUUGAUCAAAGAAAUUCAUGGUUAUGCUAUUAGAAAUUAUAUCGAAUCGAAUACGCAAUUGAGAAGUGGGCUAGUGGAGGCUUAUGGGCGUUGUGGGUCUCUUGAUUGUGCUCAAAUUGUGUUUAACAGUAUCAAGGACAGAGAUGUGGUGGCAUGGAGCAGUCUGAUAUCAGCCUAUGCGAUUCAUGGGCAAGCUAGAACUGCUCUGGAAAUUUUUCGACAAAUGGAGAAGGCGGAGGUCUGGCCUGAUCAUAUUACUUUUCUUGCGGUACUGAAAGCUUGUAGCCAUGCAGGAUUAGCAGAUGAAGCAUUGGAUUACUUUUCAAGAAUGAGUAAAGAUUAUGGUAUGCAAGCAACUAGUGAUCAUUAUUCGUGUUUGGUGGAUGUUUUGAGCAGAGCAGGGAGAUUAUAUGACGCAUAUGAGGUUAUAAGGGAAAUGCCAGUGGAGGUGACCGCAAGAGCUUGGGGAGCCCUGCUCGGUGCAUGUCAAACUUACGGAGAGCUUGAGCUUGCAGAAAUUGCUGGGAGAGCAUUGGUAGAGAUAGAGCCUGAAAAUCCUUCCAAUUAUAUACCAUUGGCUAGAAUUUACACUAAUUUAGGGAGACAUGAGGAUGCGCAGAGAAUGUGGAGGGAAAUGAAGAAGAGGGGAGUGAAGGCAGCACCAGGUAGCAGCUGGGUUGUGUAGCAACACUGAUAAUCAAGGAUUUUUGAAUGAUUCUGAGAUGGUUGAGGUCAAACUGCACAUUGCUUUUCGUAGUCAGCAAAGGCAUCAACCUUGCACACAAUAAGUGAAGUCACAUCACAAUCUACAUUUGCAAACCAGUUUUCGGAAGCCCGACGCCGGUGAAACGAUCAUCGACACACAGUAAUUCAAACAAAACCUGGCAUAUUGGCAACAAAAGCGGCGGCAAGAGCAUUGAUAUUACUUUUGUCGGCAAGAAAGGUGCUGAUUGAAGUUGAGGCACUACAAGUGUCUGUUGAUUGCAAACUCUUUCUAGAUGACCGAAGAAUCUAUGCCAUGUUUCUACAUUGAAACCUUCACUUGACAAGGAUCUUUCAGUUGGGGUGAGUUCCAACUUAAAUGGUGGAAGAACAAUUUGGUCACAACCGCUGCCAUCCAAUCCUUUUUGUUUACAAAUACUGCCUAAUUUAUAUUUCAAAUUAUUUAUCUUUUGAUAAUGAAUUAGCUAUAUUCCAUUUUGAUGACAGAAGGAUAAACUAAAAUGUUCAUAAGCCAGUAGUCCCCUUUUGAAUAAAAUAGUUUCUAGAUGUCAUUUUUAUUGCUAUUCAUGUUACCCUUAAAAGAAAAUAAUACAGCUUCUUGAGUACUGGUUUUUAAUGUGGUUA